CCUGUACAUUUUGCCUGCUUAUGUUUAGAAUACAUACGUUUUAUUUAAUAAUAAAUAAUAAUUUAAUCAAUAAUCUGUUUGCAGCGGUUUUGUUUGUUAAUACGUUUUGCUUUUAUUCAUAAAAGUAUUAACUAUUAGUAAAACAUUAUAAUAUUGAAUAUUUUCUCACUCACAAACAAGUAAAAAGCUACUUUAGCUAGUUGAAAAUAUAUUCAUGAACAGAAUUGGAAACAUUUGAAGUAUUGAAUAUCUGAGAUAAAAGCUAAGAGAAAAUGGCAGGUCAAGGGCACCAGUUUCCUGGUAACUUCCAAGGAAACGCUCCAGCCAUGCGGUCGGGUUUCGUCGGAGCUCCAAUGUCGGCUCAAAUGCAGGGCAUACCAAAUCAACUAGCAGGAGUUAUGGGAGGACCCAUGGGUGCUGGUGGUAUUGUGGGCAUGAGCAAUCAGAUGGUUCCACCUUAUGGAGCACCAAUGCAAGGGCAAAUGGGAGCCAUGGGUAUGGGAGGCCAAGGAAUGGGUGUCGGUGUUGGUGCAGGUCCAGGAGUAAUGCCACAGGCUGUUCAGCAACCAGGAGGCAUGCAAUCUUCAGGUACGGUUCAGACUCCUACAGCACCCGUACCACCCCCUGCUCCCAACCAGCCACCGCAGAAUAAGGAGUUUAAUACAGCAUCACUGUGCAAAUUUGGGCAAGAAACAGUACAAGACAUUGUAAGCAGAACCCAAGAUGUUUUCCAAACACUGCGAGCGAUACAACCACCCAACGGCACACAGCAUGGCGAGAACGCAAGCAACGAUAAGAAAGCUAAAAUGCAAGAACAGCUGAGAACUAUUCGGCUAUUGUUCAAGCGGUUGAGACUUAUUUACGAGAAAUGCAAUGAGACUUGCCAGGGUAUGGAAUACACACACAUGGAGAGCCUGAUACCACUGAAGGAUGAGGCAGACAACAAAGCACUAGAUGAGAGACGCAACACAGAGUCUUAUCGACUUGCUCUCGAAGAGAACAGAGACCUAACUGAACAGGUCGUGCUAAAGAAUAAACAACUGAAGGAAGUAAUAACGAACCUAAGAACUAUAAUUUGGGAGAUUAAUGUAAUGCUGACAAUGAGGCGAUCGUGAUUUGUGUUUGACAAAUAGUGUCCGAGUGAGUGACGUGUACAAAAGUACUUGUGCGGUACUUCAUUAACACUGGCUCGAUACGAAAAGAACAUUAAUUGGCAAGUCAACUCAGAUUCUACGAUGACAGUAUUCACAGCUUAUUUGUGUUAAAUGAUGAAGCUUACACAACUUAUCUCUGGAUAGAGGCUCUUGCUGCUAGACAACAGAUGAAGACAGGCCAGGUUUAUUACGUUAGUGUGCGUGACAAACUACGUGUACCUCACACCUGCAGAUGUCACAGUCUAUCUAGAUGUAUAAAAUGAUCUAAGUGGUGAAGUUAUCUUUUAUAUAAUUGAAUGGAUAUUUUGUAAUAAGCUGCACUGGCGAGGUGGAAAUGAAGCAAUGAAUGGUGUUCUGUAGCCCCAAUAAAUGACUCCGGGAGUAGCAGAUAAUAGUCAUUUAUUAAUUUAUAUUUGUUAUGAUUAUAAUAUCUGUUAAGUUAAUUUAAAAUUAACGCUAAAUUAAGUUUUUUCUUAUUUUCUUUUUGUUUACAUUUGCAAUGGACAAAUUGAAACUAUCAUCAUGCUAUAUUUCGUAUUUGGCCGCGAUUGGUUUGUCAUGAUGCGACAUUUUGUCAUAUGGAUCUGUUGGCGUUUCACAUUUAUAUAAUUUAUCUUUAUAUAUUUGAAGCCGGUAAGGAUGAUCUUAUUAAUUACAUGAGCCAUUUAAAUAGGGCUGAGGUCGAGACAAAUAUAACAUACUAAUACAUACUAAUUUCCACAUGAAACUGUAGAAUCUUGAGAAAACAAAUUAAAAAAUUAAGUGGGUGUCCUAAUUAUUACUUUGAAUAAGAAUAAUAAUGCAUUUUUUUUUAAUUUAAUCUAACACGAUCAAGCACUGAUAUAUUUAUACACAAUUUUAUAAAUGAGAACCUUAUUGUUGAGUUUGGUACGACAGUGUGAAGUGAUCUCUUUUUAUUUAUUUGAUCUUUGUUUAGGGGUAAUGCGUCCACCUCAUUGAUCUGAAUUUCUUUUAUGUGUCAGUUGGUUAACUCAGCUACUCUGAAUACAGCAAUGACUUCUUCCAGUGAUGGAUCUCCUAUUUUUUAAUCUUCUUUUUCUAACAAUCAAGAUCGCUUAAUACAAACGCAAGCCUGUCUCGCAGUGCAUCGUCCUUGCUUUAAUAAAUUUAUAAUUAUUACACAUUCGCUUAUAUCAGUCAAUAAAUUAUCAAAGCCCUCUUCAGGUUUUUGACUGCGUUUUUAAAAUAUACAUCUUGAGUGGAGCAUAUUUUUAUUUUUCUUGCACUUCUUUAAAUGUUUUCUAAUCCUCUGUUUUUAAUGUAUUGCAGAUGUUUAAGGCAUCGUCUCCGAUUAGAUUGAGAAAUAUAUCUACCUUUCUUCCCUCAGUCGCCUCUGCCAAACCCGCAGCUUCCAAUAAAUAAAUAAAUAAAUAUAUAUAUAUAUAUAUACAUUGAAGGACUGAUUUUUUUUAAAUUUUCGCUUAAAUUUCCAUUUAAUCAUAACUUUCCAGGUAAAUUAUGUCCUAACACUGAGCCAUGUAUUAUUUAUUUAAAUUAUUUAAAUGAAUGACUUAUUUAAAUUAAACAAUGGUAACCAUUAUAUACUUACUUGGUUUAUUCAUACAUGAAAAGUCGCCAUCUUGCGAUGCACAGAACCAUACACCAUCAUCUGUUCACAGAUCACAUUAUAAUUAUGACUAACAUAGAUAUGUUACAGUUUAGUGGCGCCCCUUUCUUACGCAUCUGUCCAUGUCAUUCACAUUUCUCACUAAAGGCUACAAGCACCGUAAGCAAUUACAUUUGUAAUUGACAGUUGUCAGGACUUAGCCAAAUGUGUAAAUAUAAACUAAUUAAAAACAAAUGUAAAUAUUUGUGAAGUAUUGUAAAUAUUUAUUAAGACAUUAGUAACAAUCAUAUUAUUUGUUGUAUAAAUAAAGUUGUUACAUACGUACA